UCAUGUUUCCUCCCUGACUCGUGCUCUGCUCUCACAGACAGAUGCGGUUACCAGGCAACCGCUCUUGUAGCUGUAUCAGUAUCAGUAUGAGGCUGGAGUGGGGGGUUGCUGCUCAAUGUAAUGCUGAGUCGCUCUCCCAUUGGCCACAACUCGCUGACCAGUGACAUGAUUGGACGAGAGCGUGUCACUCACCAUCUCUGUGAUAUUCUUGGGAGGAGGAGUCUAUGCAGCAGAACAGACAGAAUUGUACCCCUCCCUCAUUCUUUUGCACAAACAUCAGUAUGCCUACGCACAAGUCCAGCUGUCAUGUGUUUACCUCUGAUUUCAGGAAAACCCAACAAAAAUGAAUUGACAGGAAGAGUGUAGAUGCAUCCCAGCUGAGCCAAGAGAUUCUGCUUUUUCUUCAGUGUUUUUCUGAGGAGUUCAUAUCAUCAGCCUCUUCGUGUGGACUUACUGCUCAUAAACCCCAUGACGCUGUGCAGCAGACCUUCAUGCUGAUGGCUGAAAAAUGGAUGGUGUGUUUCUCAUCCAUCAAACAAACACGCACCUUCACAGACACCUUUUGUACAAACCAACAGAGCAAUGGAACUGAAUGAAUAUAUCAGCAACUGAACCAGGAUUGUUAGCACAGCAAUGUGACAGAAGGAUUGGUAGAGCUGCAGCCCCGCCCUUGGUUCCGUCCCAGAAUGCUGAGCCCGGUUCUCUGUUCCGAUCUCGCAGCCUUGGAGCCAGAGUAUACCGAGGCGGAUGUCAUCUCUACGGUGGAGUUCAACCAGACCGGAGAGUUCUUGGCCACGGGUGAUAAGGGUGGGAGAGUUGUCAUCUUUCAGAGAGAACCACAGUACAUUUCAGAGUCAUGAGCCUGAGUUUGAUUACCUGAAAAGUUUGGAGAUUGAGGAGAAAAUCAAUAAGAUUCGCUGGCUGCCUCCGCAUAACCCGGCCCACUUCCUCCUCGCCACCAAUGACAAGACCAUAAAGCUGUGGAAGGUGAGUGAGAGAGAUAAGCGAGCAGAAGGCUAUAAUCUGAGAGAUGAGGAAGGCAGACUGAAGGACCUCUCUACAAUCACCACUCUACAGGUCCCUGUCCUGCGGCCGAUGGAUCUCCUGGUGGAGGCGUCCCCACGGCGUGUUUUUGCUAACGCACAUGCAUAUCACAUCAACUCCAUCAGUGUCAACAGCGACUGUGAGACGUACCUGUCCGCUGAUGACCUGAGAGUUAACCUGUGGCAUCUCAACAUCACUGACCGCAGCUUCAAUAUUGUCGAUUUGAAGCCAGAAAACAUGGAGGACCUCAGUGAGGUGAUCACGGUGGCCGAGUUUCACCCUCACCACUGCCACCUGCUGGCCUUCAGCAGCAGCACAGGAACCACACGCCUCUGUGACAUGAGAGCCCAAGCACUCUGUGACCAACACGCCAAACUGUUUGAAGAAGCAGUGGAUCCAUCCCACCGAUCGUUCUUCUCAGAGAUUGUUUCCUCAGUGUCAGAUGUGAAGUUCAGUCAUAGCGGCCGCUACCUGCUCACUAGAGAUUACCUCACCGUUAAAGUCUGGGACCUCAACAUGGAAAAUAAACCAGUGGAAACAUACCAGGUCCACGACUACUUGCGAACCAAAUUGUGCUCUUUGUAUGAAAGCGAUUGUAUUUUUGACAAGUUUGAAUGUGCCUGGAACGGAACGGACAGCGUGAUCAUGACUGGCGCUUACAACAACUACUUCCGAAUGUUUGACCGGGCGAGUCGGCGCGACGUGACUCUGGAGGCCAGUCGGGAGGUGUGCAAGCGGCGGGCGGUCCUGCAGCCGCGGCGGGUGUGCGUGGGCAAGAAACGAAAAGAGUCGGACGUCAGCGUGGACAGUCUGGACUUCAGGAAGAAAAUCCUCCAUACCGCCUGGCAUCCCAAAGAAAACAUCAUCGCCAUCGCAGCCAGCAACAACCUGUACAUUUUUCAGGACAGACUGACGCCCAACGGACAUCACAACACGCCGGAAAUACAGAGUGCGCCUCCCAAGUAGCAGACGCAACCAAGCCCUCCCUCCCACACACUAAAUUCAGUUCAUUUCUUGCCCUUCAUGAUCACAUUUCCCAUCUGGAUUCAGUGUCGCCAGCAUCACAACAAUCUCAUGAACUAUUAUGAACAUAUAUAACCCUCAAAAUUGAAUAAUGCGGACUAUAACUGUGGUCCUGAAUGAGAAUGUAUCGCUCAGAUUCUAUCGCAUGGCAUGCAGUAUGAACACCGGGGGUUAGAUAAUGUUAAGCUACCCUGACACAUUCAGAUCGCACAUGCAUGUUUACAAAGCUGUUGAACAGGGCUUAUUUAACAAUGAUGAUUGUAAACGAAUCAGAUGCUUUAUAACGCUCUGCAGUGCUUGUGUAGAAUUAAGUGUCCGUUCGUUCUUCUCAGGCUCGAGUUUUCUUCAGUUUUCUUUGGUUUGACAAACCGCUCAGGGACUCUCUAAGGCCUCUUCUUAUGUUCAAUGGCAAAACGCACCAAAACGAAAUCCAGAACAAGCAGAGGACAGGAUGCAGGAAUUAUGGAGGUCUGCUGAGAGACAUUGCUGGAAGGAAAACAGCAUGUGCAGGGAUCAGUUUCAAUGCUGAGUCAUCACCACCCCCACCUCAAUGUGUAAAGAGCAUUCCCAAUUCAACGCUUCUGACCACGUACUUAGAGGCGCUUGCUAGCUAGUGCACUGGUUUGAUGAUUUUAUCUUGUGUGUUAAAGAAGUAGAUCAACCAAAAAUGAAAAAAGAAUUUCCCGCCCUCGUGUCGUUACGAAUCUAUUGUGGAACACAAAAAGAGAAAUUUAGCAGAAUGUUCAUGCUGCUCUUUUCCACACGAUGUAAACAUACAGUAUCUUCAGUAUAUAACAGUCAUGAGACAGGCAAGGUGUAAUGUAGUUGGUGGUUGAUGUGCGAGUAUUAAUGAGAUUUUAAUGCUAUAGUGGAAGGAGAACAUUUUCGUUGGAAGUCUCAACAGAUCCUUCUUCCAUAUCGUGAUGUACGUUGGUGUCAAACGGAUUAUCGAACAAAAUAUAGGACGGGAAUCGUUUCUGUGCACUUAAAUGGUGGCAGAUAAAUUUCGUCCAAAAUUUGAAGUCGGCAUGAAAAUUGUACUUUCUAAAUCCUAAAUCUAAAUUAUUGUUAUAUAUAUAUAUAUAUAUAUAUAUAUAUGCACACACAUGCAUGUAUAUAUUGAAGAAAAAUGUUAAGUUUAUACAUUAAAUAUAUUUAUAUAUAUAAUAUAAAUUAUAUGAAUAUAAAUAUUUACAUAUAAAUACAUGUAAAUAUGUUCAAACUAUAUACUGUAUAUGUGUGUAUUUUUAUAUUUAUAUAUAUAUAUAUAUACACACACAUACAUAAUAAAUAUACACAGUACACACAUAUAUUAUGUAAACAAAAACGUUUAUUUUGGAUGCGAUUAAUCACGAUUAAUCGUUUGACAGCACUAAUAUAUAUAUAUAUAUAGUAUGUAUAUUGUAGUUUGUUUACAUAUGUCUGUGUACUGUGUAUAUUUAUCUUUAUAACUACACACACAUACAUGUAUAUAUUUAAGAAAUAUAUGUAAUAUACAUAUAUAUAUAUAUAUGCACGUAAAUAUAUAUGUAUGUGUAUUUAUAUUCAUAUAAAUAUAUACAGUACACACUCAUAUAUAUUAUAUUAUUAUAUUUUAUUUUGGAAUGCGAUUAAUCACGAUGAAUCAAUUUGUCAGCACUAUAUAUAUAUAUAUAUACUUUUUUUUUUAUUAAAUAAAACCUUUUUGUAGCUGGAUAACCCCAGAUGAACAUUCUUCAAAAUUUCUCCCAUUUUCACAUGGGUUUUGAACAACAUGAGGAUGAGGAAAUGACAUUUGUGUGAAUGAAUCCUUGAAUACAAAUUCUUCAGAGCGAGCUCGAUCACAGCUUUGAGCUGAAAUCCCAAUUCCCCUGUAUGAAGUAUUUUCAGCAUGAUGCCUUGUUGGUACCUUUUGAUCUGCAUAUUACAGAAGUAACGUCCACAAGAGGGCGCUCGCAGUGACUGUAUUUAUAUUCUGAAACGGGUUCAAAUACAAAGGAAACCUGCACUAUUUCUGUUGUCCUGGCAUGACAUCAGCGCGACAGCAACUCACAGAAACGCUGCCGUGUCGUUUAACUCGGACUUUUAUUUCAUUUAAAAUAAUUCAUACAAAUGCAUACAGUCACAAACAUUUCUUUUUGGAUUCUGUUUAACAAAAAAUAUUAAUAUCUCAUAGUAUAUAUAGUAUGUAUAUUGCUAGCCUACCACUUUACCAGGAAGGAAACUAUGUAGGCGAUGGAGAGCUGCAACUAUCCCGGCAUCCUCGAAAAACACGGUACAAUCAAGUCACACACAAACAGGCAAGCAUUACGCCAGCUUUGCACAAGACAAAUUGUUUUUUUUUUCUUUUUGUUCAAAAACUGAACUUUUCUGUUUUAUUUUUAACCUUUGACACAUAAAGUAAUACAUGCUCCAAAAAUAAAAACAUACUGAGUGUAGUUCUUUAAAGUACUGUACUGAAUUUGGACUACAAAAGACAAAUGGGUACAAAAAACAAUGCACUAUGUGGUUUAAUUUAAAAGGAAGGGAGGGGGGAAAAUAAAUUUUCCUGAGAGGGUGUGCAAAUCCCGCCUCUUUCGGGGCUUUUAAAAUCAAACGAGCGAAUCUAAUAUGCUUUUUGUUAUCAU